GAGAGACUGGAUUGACUUGGAUGGUGAGAAACGGACUACUAAACUACUGUUUGUCUACUGAACUUAUUCAGCACUGAUGCUGUGGUUUCAGAUCACAUGUUCAUGGGCUGAUAUUUCUGUCAGCCAUUCAUUUACAGGAGACACAUGACAGAUUUCACACGAGCUGGACACACAAACUCCAACCCUCCAGCUGAGAAACAACAUAUGCUUGUGUGCAUGGAUGCAACUAUGUCAGAAGACAAAUUUGGGGAUUUUCUAUAUGAUAUUUUAAACAAUCUAGUGUUGAUUGACAGUCACUGUAGAUCAUGGAUGUUUCGGAUUUUGGACUCUGAGAAAUUGUACGAAAAUUAGUUAUCUCGGAUCUACAGCACAAUGCAAGAUGAACUCAACACACAAGAGGAAUUAUAUAGGACAUUUGUAGAGUUUUAGGAUUCUCAAAUUCCAAUCAAAUAAGAAAAUGAGUGCCAAUGACAUCUUUUGCAAUGAGACCAUCGAGCACCAAAGAAUAUCAACAUACCAGCAUCAGAUUUAUUCAAUCUUCUACACGGUCAUUCUCGUACCUGGGUUGAUCUGCAAUGUUCUUGCACUCUGGAUUUUCUAUGCCUACAUGAAGGAAACAAAGAAAGCUGUAAUAUUCAUGAUCAAUCUGGCCAUCGCUGACCUGCUGCAGGUGUUGUCGUUACCUCUGCGCAUUUACUACUAUCUCAAUGAGUCAUGGCCUUUCGGUCAGGUCGCUUGUAUGGUCUGUUUCUAUUUUAAGUACGUCAAUAUGUAUGCCAGCAUCUUCUUCCUGGUGUGCAUCAGCGUGAGACGCUGUCGACUCAUUAUCCACCCGUUGCACUGCAGUGCAACAAAGAGACGUCAGGAUCGUAGCUUGUGCAUUGCAGGGUGGUUUUUUGUGUGUUUAGGAUGCUUACCGUUCCCUCUUCUGAGAAAAAACCCAUCCAUUCCUGAACACUGCUUCUCUGAACUACCAAUGAUGCAACUGAGCAAGGUAUUAGGAGUGUCCCUCGUGACGGUUGCAGAAAUCAUGGGUUUUCUUCUGCCAUUGGCUGUAGUGGUCAUUUGCACGUUAUUUACCGCAGCAAGUCUGCGUGAGAAAACCUGUGUUCUGCAAGAUGCUGGGGAAAAACACAAGGCUCUGAAGAUGGUUUUGAGCUGUGCCACUGUGUUCCUGGUCUGUUUCGUGCCCUAUCACAUCACUUUCCCUUUAGACUUUAUAGCCAAAUCCAAAUUUAAUGUUAGUUGUACGUUUAAGAGUGCCGUGCUUCAUAUACAUCCCAUCACACUGUGUUUGGCAAGCUUGAACUGUUGUCUAGAUCCAGUCAUGUACUACUUCACCACUGAUGAGUUCCAGCGCCGUCUGUCCAGGCCAGAGUUGCAGGAUAGUUUGCAGCUUCACCGCAGGAUAUCUUGCUCCACACAGGAGGCUGCGAGGAUAGACUGAGCUCAUAGGAAAUACUCGGACAACAACCUUCCUUAUCUACAUUGGGAAAUAGCUGAACUUUAAAAACAAUUUUGCUGAGAAAUGUGAAUGUACAAGCUGCAGAAUUUUUAUAACAUUUUAAUACAUUUGACAAAGGACAAAAACAUGCACUAAAGGUUCAAAUAUUACAGGUAUUUGCAUAUGGAAGGAUAUUCAUAUCUAAAGGCUUUGAAGCAUAAAAGCAUGUUGAAUUGCUCUAAUCAAAAUAUUAAAUGCAUUGUAUUAUCAGGUACUUGCAUUUGAAUGUGUUGAAUUUACAGUGCUUGGAUUUAAAUCUAUUGUAUUUACAUUGCUUGAA